UUGGCCAUGACAUCUGAUGUCUUUGUUUUGUAACAUACCAUCACCAACCACCAUGUGGGUACAAAUUUCAUGAACAGUAUAAACAAACCUAACCUUAUUUAAUGUGCUAUUCGUUUACGUUGUUUAUCUUGUGUUUAUGAGAGUUUUGUUAGACAUUAAUUUUUAUUAUUAUUAUAGACAGUUACCUAAAAUAGUUGUGUGUAACACACUCACUGAGUACAGCAUUAUCUUUCAUAGUUUGUAUUAUAAACUUCAUGGCACCUUAUAGUAAAAACUAUUUGUCUUUCAAAGGAAGCAAUUAUUUAAGACAGAGACUUUUAUUAUCUGUUUUAAGUGGAAAAGCCAUUAACAUAAGUGAAAUUAGAGCACAGAGUGAUGAACCAGGAUUACAAGAAUAUGAAGUUAACCUUCUCCGUCUUCUGGACAAGCUGACAAAUGGAACAACGCUGGAGAUCAAUGAAACGGGGACGGAGUUUGAUUUCAUCCCGGGUGCCUUGAUCGGUGGAACAUUGGAACACGAGUGUUGUAAGCAGCGUGGGAUAGGGUACUACCUGGAGGUGGUCCUUGGACUUGCUCCGUUCUGCAAGAAAGCAUUGAACAUCACUCUGCAUGGAGUGACCAACAACGAUACGGAUCCUUCAGUUGAUUCCUUCAAGUCUGCAGCUCUCCCUGUACUGGGCAGGUUCUUGGUGAUCAGCACAGACCUCGAUCUGACCAUCAAGAAGAGGGGGAUGGAGCCUGAGGGAGGGGGGGAGGUGGUGCUCACGUGUCCAACCAUUCGACAGCUGAAGCCUGUUCAGAUAAAGGAUGCGGGUAAGAUAAAGCGGGUGCGAGGGGUGGUGUUUGCGCUGAGAGUGUCUCCUGCCAUCGCCAACCGUAUCUGUGAGGCAGCCAAGGGCGAGUUGCUGCACUUCCUGCCAGACGUGUUCCUCACCGUCGAUCACAGGAAGGGGAAAAAGUCUGGGAAAUCUCCAGGAUAUGGAGGCAGUAUCCAGACAGAGAGUACUGCGGGGGUGGUGCACGGGGAGAAGGUCUCCUUGCCCCCCCCUGCACCCCCCUCUGCUCCCGAGGACCUGGGCCGACAGUUAGCCUGGAACCUGCUGGAGGAGGUGUCUCGUGGGGGCUGCCUGGACUCCAGCUUCCAGAGUCUGGCGUGUCUGUACAUGUCACUCACACAGAAGGAUGUCUCACAGUUCGUCAGCGGCCCUCUCUCACCGUACACGAUAUCUUUCCUGCGUCAUCUUCGGACAUUCUUUGGAGUCACGUUCAAACUGGAGCCCUUCCAAGAGAAAGAGGAAGAGGAUCUGAGGACAGGGUUCAACAAAGUGCUGCUAACUUGUCUGGGGGUUGGGUACAACAAACUAAUGUAACCUUGUAAAUAAAUUAUAUUUUUAUA